AUGGCGACUACGAUUCAAGCAAAUACAGUGCCUAUGGCCAAUGAAAAUCUGCAGGAAGAACAAGAUGAAGAAAUUCUCGUACGAAACGCUCGAGGUGCACCCGACUGGCACUGUACACAAGCAUGUGCUCAAUGGUGGCAAUGUAGAUUUACUGGUUUCUUUCUUCGUCGAUGUGACCGACCUCAAGGAUGUAUAUGUGACAGAUUCUUUUGGGAAGUAUAG